CGCGACUUGCGCCCUCCCGCUUCUGGAAAGUUUGUAUGCAUGGUUAUGCGCCAUGGCGCCGAUUACGGCUGACCGUAGCAAGCGCAAGGCGACCGACGAGCCGAGCACGCCAGAUUCGAAGCAAAAGGUCAAAAAGGCCCGGACUGAGUCCCCAGGCUCUGAGAUUAAGGAUGACUCCGCCAGCAAGCCCACGCUCAAGAUCGUCCCAUUCGCCGAGAAGCCGGCAGUGCUGGAAGAACGACGCGGUGAUAUAGAGUUCCGCGUGGUUAACAACGACGGGUCCAGAGAGAGCUUCAUCAUCCUCACAGGUCUCAAGUGUAUAUUCCAGAAGCAGUUGCCGAAGAUGCCGAAAGACUAUAUUGCGCGACUGGUAUACGAUAGGACCCAUUUAUCCAUGGCUAUUGUUAAACACCCAUUGGAGGUAGUUGGAGGGAUUACAUAUCGGCCCUUCAAAGGGCGAAGGUUUGCAGAGAUUGUGUUUUGCGCCAUAUCUUCCGACCAACAAGUCAAAGGUUAUGGUGCUCACUUAAUGUCUCACCUGAAGGACUACGUGAAAGCUACUUCUGAGGUGAUGCAUUUCCUAACAUACGCCGAUAAUUAUGCCAUCGGAUACUUCAAGAAGCAAGGUUUCACAAAAGAGAUCAGCUUGGACAAGUCAAUUUGGAUGGGUUAUAUCAAGGAUUACGAAGGCGGCACCAUCAUGCAGUGCACCAUGAUCCCAAAAAUCCGGUAUCUCGAAUCUGGUCGCAUGCUUUUAAAGCAAAAGGAGGCUGUUCACGCCAAAAUCCGGGCCUUUAGCAAGUCCCAUAUUAUCCACGCUCCACCCAAGGAGUGGAGAAACGGGGUCUGCGAGAUUGACCCUCUCAGCAUUCCUGCCAUAAAAGAGUCUGGAUGGUCUCCUGAUAUGGAUGAGCUGGCCCGCCAGCCACGACAUGGCCCUAAUUACAAUCAACUUUUACAUCUACUCAACGAUAUGCAGAAUCACAGCGCAGCUUGGCCCUUCGCACAGCCGGUGAAUCGGGACGAAGUCCCCGACUACUAUGAAGUGAUCAAGGAGCCGAUGGAUCUGUCAACCAUGGAAGAGAAACAUGAAAAGGAUCUGUACCCUGCUCCACAAGAUUUCAUUAAGGACGCUAUGUUGAUUUUCGAUAACUGCCGGCGUUAUAAUAACGAGAAUACACCUUAUGCCAAGAGCGCGAACAAACUGGAAAAAUUUAUGUGGCAGCAGAUAAAAAAUAUCCCAGAGUGGUCGCAUCUGGCCGAGGGUCAUUGA